AUGGACAACAUCAUAUUCGUGCUGGACACGACGCAGCCCGAGAUGAGCCCGGAGACGAACCUUCAGAUUUACACAAUCAUGGAAUACGCUUCAGGCAUGAUGUCAAAAUACGAGAAAUUAAUCGCUCUAGCUUUAGUCUUUACAACAAUCGUAAAUCUAUACGCUUUGUAUGUUAUUUGGUAUAAGACGCCGAUGCAUAUGAAGAAGUACGGCCGAUCAUUGGCGGCGUACCAGUUUGUUUCGCUGUUGAUGGAUGUCAUGCUCUGCUCAGCAACAGUACCGUAUCUGAUAUUCCCCGUGCCAGGCGGAUAUCCGCUAGGAUGGAUGUCCCACGUGGGGAUCUCGACGCAGCUGCAACUUGUACUCGUCGGUCUGGUCGGCACCGAAAUGGGGGUGGUAAUGAUCACGCUAUUCAUGACACGGCAACAGGCCAUUAUGCCCGAUUCACAUCCACUAAAAUGGUCGUCACGAACGGGACAUGCGCUCUUCAUUGCCGGCCACCUGGUGCUAUAUUUACAUAUCAGCGGCAUGCUUCUUUACAUGCUCACCCACGACGACCAAUCGGCCGCGAAAAAGAUUUAUCAGGAGGUUGUCCAAACGGUUGGUCAUUUUCAGAAAUAUCCAUUCUUUCGCCGUUUCUUUGACAUUGAGUCCCUGUACGUCUUUGACCCCGUCAUUGGCGGCAUCAUAAUAGUGAACCUAGUCGUUUUGUUCUUCGUCUUUCUCGCCAUGAUUCUAGCUGCCAGCACGACAAGCUUCAUCGGGCUCGCCAGUCAAAAACAGUUCAUGAGCGCCAAAACCUAUAAGUUACAGCAGCAAUGGAUAUACAAUUGCGUUAUCCAGGUGAGAUGGAGUCAGCAGGAGUACCUUCUUUGCGGUAAUUAUCGCAAUCGUGCGCAACAAAUUAUUGUUGGCAAGACUUAUAGCAACACGUUGGAAAUCGGUUGUGAUACCGUGUUUCCCCUGAUGCAUCCCCGU